AUGGCGGUGUUAGCGGCCGCCCAAUUAUUAGAUGAAUUAAUGGGACGGCAUCGAAAUACCAAUCCUAACGAGAAAAUAAGAAAACCGAAUUGGGAGGACCCAGAAUACUGUAAAUACUUCAUGGUAAAAUUUUGCCCUCAUGAUUUGUUUGUGAAUACUCGGGCUGAUCUUGGAGCUUGCCCAAAAGUUCAUGAUGAUGAAGUUAAGGAACUGUUUGAGAAAGCGGAGUCUUCAUAUAAAAAAGCUCAAUAUGUUGAAGAGUUUUUACGUUUUUGUAGGCAUAUGAUAAGUGAAGUAGAAAGGAAAAUCCAAAAAGGUAAACAAAGAUUGGAGCUCAUGAACUCUAAACCGGAAGGUCCACCAAUGACACAGGCUCAAACUGAAAAAAACCAAGAGCAGGUGAAAUUGUUAUCUGAGAAAAUCACAGCAUUGGUGCAAGAGGCAGAAGAAGCCGGUACCCGUGGAGAUGUAGAACAGGCUCAGGGCUUAAUGAAACUUUGUGACAGAUUGAAAGAAGAAAAGGAGCAACUACUUAAACAACAGGAAAACAGCCAUUGGUCUAUGACUGCCGAGUUGGCUGCAGCUCAAGAGAAGCAGAUGGAAGUUUGUCCUGUUUGUGGAGCUUUUCUGAUUGUGGGUGAUGCUCAGCAACGCAUCGAUGACCAUCUUUCCGGGAAACAACAUGUUGGGUACUUCAAACUGCGCCAGGCGUACGAAGAGAUGAGCGAGGCCCGUGAGAAGGAACAACAAGAGAAAGAGAAGAAGAGGCGGGAGGAGAGAGAUAGGGAGCGCAAUGCCCGAGGAGGGGGCUUAGGGUCUGAUAGAAGGGACAGGGAACGAAUGGAAAGGGACAGAGAGAGGGACAGGGAUCGUCCAGAUAGAGAAAGGGGGGAAAAGGACAGAGAACGCGGCGAGCGCGAUCGCAAUGAUCGCGACCGCAAUGAUCGCGAUAAGGACAGGGAGAGAGAUAAGGAUCGGCAUCGGUCAGGCCGCGAAGAGAAGGGCGGCAGGCACGAGGAGAGAGAGCGAGACAGAGAGCGCGAGAGGGACAAGGAUCGCGAACGCGAACGCGAACGCAAACACCGCAAGGAGAGAAAAUCUCCACACGAGAGGUCGCGCCGUCGGUCCCGAGAACGGGAACGCGACCGCCAC